AUGGCCACCCAGCCGUUCACCAUCUCCCCCUCCUCGCUCCGAACCCUCCAGGACAAAACCAUCCUCAUAACUGGCGGUUCUUCUGGCAUCGGCCUCUCCACCGCCGAACUCUUCCUCUCCCUCUCACCCACAAACAACAUCUCCAUCCUCGACCUCUCUCCUCCCCCUUCAACCUCCCCGCUAGCCAGUCCCCAAAACUCCCGUCGCGUCCACUUCCACAAAUGCAACAUCACCGUCUGGAAAGAGCAGCGCGCUGGGUUCACGGCGACAGUCUCGCAUUUCGGAUACCUCGACGCGGUGUUUGUGAAUGCGGGGAUUGCGGAGUACGGUGACCAGUUUUUCCGGGAUGAACUAGACGGCACUGGGGGGUUGAAGGAGCCGGAUCGGAGGGUAUACGAUGUGGAUCUAGCGGCGGCGAAUGAUACGGUGAAGUUGGCGAUUUAUUGGAUGAAGAAGACGAUUGGAAUGGUAGAAGGCGGGAAGAGGACGGGGAGUAUCGUGAUGACGGCGAGCCUGGCGGGAUAUUUGGCGAGUGCGGGAGCGCCGCUGUACAGCGCUGCAAAACAUGGAAUCGUCGGCUUGAUGCGCGCGCUGAAGAAUGAUACGGCGACGUUGAAUAUCGCGGUAUCUGUGGUCGCGCCAGCCAUCACGGUGACGCCCAUUAUUUCUAGCCCUUCUAAGCGAAAGAAUGUCGACCCGGCAGAAUGGGCUGCUCAGAUGGAGAAAAUUGGCGUCCCGAUCAAUAAGCCAGAGAGCGUGGCCCUGGCUGUUGCUCACCUGGUCGACUUGGGCAUGAAGGCAAACGGUAUGGGGCUGCUCGUGCAGAAAGAUCGGAUGGUGGAUGUUGAACGAGGUAUCGCCAAAUCGCGAGAACAGUGGAUGAGCAAGGAGAUGUUGGACUUGUUUAGAGGGGGAAGAACGGCCCCUCUGUUUGAGAAUAAGCUAUAA